GACACGGGGCAGGCAAGAUGCACCCGUUCACCACCACCACCACCACCACCAGCAUCACCACCAUCAUCAUCACCACGCUGGCCAUCAUCACCUUCUGCCUACCCACCACCACCACCACCACCACCACCAGCGAGGGGGGUCAGGGGGGGCGUGGGGUUCGGCUGCUCGGGUUCGUCACCUCCACCACCGUGACGCGCCUAUCCACCACCACCAUCACCGCCCUCUCCACCUGCAUCACCGCCGCCACGGACGCCACCCCCUGCUUGGGACGGCGGAAGAGGAGCGACCGUCUGCUGGAUAUACCAAACUACGAGGCAUGGAGAGACGAGGACGAUGAAGCCGCUAAAGCAACCACAAACAAGGACGACUACCCACUCUUCACCAGCAUGGAAGAAGACGACAAGGAGGAGGAGGAAGAGGAGGAGGAGGAGGAGGGGAGGAGGAAGACACACGGAAUGGAUUUGAACGUAGAGAAGAGUGAAGAGGAGGGAAAGGGGAGAGAGAAGGGAGAGAAGAGUGAAGAGGAGGGAAGGGAGAGAAAGGGGAGAGAGAGGGGAGAGGAGAGGGAGGGGAGGGUCAAGUUCACAAUUUGGUCGUCGCUUUUCACGACUCUAACAGUGACCAGCUCCUCGGCUUUAGGGGGAACGACCGUCACAGCGUCCGCCUUCUGCGUCACCCCCGGCUUCAUGAACGGGGCCUGUUUCCUUGGCUAAUGAUGAUGAUGAUGACGAGGAGGAGGAGGUGGUGA